AUGGCGCUUUCACAAGCAGCGGCGAGCCUCGAGAAACUUGUCGGUCACACUGGUGAUGCUACUACCGAGCAGAACCUGACCAAUCCUUCCCAAGAUGUCAAGAGAUAUGCCGACCCAUCAGGCGAGAAGAUGAAGGCACUGGUCUGGAAUGGAAAGAAUUCGGUCAAGGUGGUUGAGACGUUUAAGCCCGCGAGAAUCGAAGACACAGACGUCAUUGUAAAGGUGACCGGCUCGACUAUUUGUGGCUCAGACCUGCAUUUGUACCAUGGGGCCGUUAUCGAAUUGCAGAAAGGUGAUAUUCUAGGCCAUGAAUUUUGUGGUGUGGUUGACAGCGUGGGUCCAAGCAUUUCCAAGGUGAAGCCUGGGGAUCGCGUGGUUUGCAGUUUCCAGAUUGCCUGCGGAAGUUGUAUGUACUGCCAGAAGAAACUGAGCAGCCAAUGUGAGAAAACGAACGACAAUACCAUCGAAAACAUCAUGUACGGCGGUCGUACGGCCGGCAUGCUGGGAUACUCACACUUCACCGGCGGCUAUGCAGGCGGUCAGGCCGAGUACGUCCGUGUGGCAUACGGGGACGUAAAUCUGCUCAAGCUACCAGACUCUGUGCCUGACGAGAAAGGACUUUAUCUCAGCGAUGUGCUCAGCACCUCCUGGAAUGCGGUAGUGGACACGGGUGUCAAGGAAGGUGACGUUGUCGCUAUCUGGGGCGCUGGCCCCAUCGGCCAAACGUGUGCAGAUAUGAGUUUCAUAAAUGGCGCGCGCCGAGUCAUCCUCAUCGACGGUGGUCCUGCAGCAUGGCGGUUGGACUAUGUCAAGAGUAAGCUGCCCAAAAUCGAGACCAUCAAUUUCAGUGACCUCCCCAAGGGUGAGAGCAUUACCUCUGUACUCAAAAAGAUGGAGCACGGAGGGCCGGAUGUUGCCCUGGAGUGCGCUGCCGGCGAAUACGCCAAGGGUUGGGCGCAUUACUUCGAGAUUCUUCUCGGUGCGGAAACAGACACAUCGGAGAUCCUCAACGAGUGCAUCACCAGCGUCAAGAACUUCGGCCGCGUGGGCGUCACCGGCGUCUACGUAGGCUUCACCAACCACUUCAACAUCGGCAGCCUGAUGGAGCGUGGCAUCCGGCUCAUCGGAAAUGGCCAGGCACCCGUGCACUUGUACUGGGAAGACCUUCUGAAGAAACUCGAGGACGGCUCUCUGGACCCAUACCAUAUGCUGUCGCAUCGCGUGCGCCUCGAGGAAAUGGAAGAGCUGUAUCGCAGAUUCGACGCCAGGGAGAAAGGCUUGCAGAAAGUCUUUGUUGAGACCAAGUUUAGCAGCCCGCCUGCUCAGGGGGCACCGCAAUUGACCAAGUGGGGUACUGCAACUUGGUGA